AUGCUAUUUUCUUCAUCCGAGUGCAUCACCUGGUUUGCUGUAACCCUUACCGUGUGUGUUGCUAUAGUAACAGUGAACCUUCUAUCAAUCAUUCUUUUCAUAAAAAACCGCAGUCUUCGCACUCGUGCCAUGUACCUUGUUAUAAACCUGACCAUAGCUGAUAUGUUUGUCGGAGGAUUUUCUCACUUUUUUCUAUUUCAAGUCCUCUUACCACAAUUAUGCGACAUUGUGAAAAUGAACUUAAGCCAGGAACUGAAAGUGAUAAUUACCUUUCUCUUUGUCUGGUUUCCUCUGACCUCUCUAACAAACAUUGCAGUCAUUUCAAUAGAUCGGAUGCAUGCAACAAUUCGUCCCUUCAGGCAUCGCCUCAUCAAAAAGCGGGUAUACGGGGUAACAAUUGCUGGUGUCUGGGUUUUAGCUGCAAUGGUAUCAACUGCCGUUUUAAUACAUAGACAAUAUGGGGAAGAAUGGUCACAUCAUCUUUACUUAUUACAAUCAUUCCGUUGUUUGUGUCUAUUUGUUAUCUGUGUUUCUUACUCUUCCAUUGUUGUUAAAUUUUUGUGUGGAGCGCAUCCUCAGCACCAUGGUGCAGCUAACAGACAAAGGAAACUGACCGUAACAUUAUUCAUAAUGACUAUCGUAUCCCUAUUGAUGUGGCUACCAUAUGCGGUUUUUAUUUUUCUUGUAAUGCAAUCUUGGACUACUACUAUGGAAUUCCUUUCUCUCCAGGAAUUUUUACGUUUAGAGUUUUCUUUAAUCAUUCUACAUUUUAUGAACUCACUUGUUAAUCCCAUCGUUUACACAAUCAGAAUUCCAGAGUUUAGGAAAGCUCUCCUGCUGUUAUUUAAACGUCAACGAAGACAAAAUGCCCGAGAUAUCCCUCUCCAUGCGCUUUGACUUUGUUUUAACAAUUGGAAGCCAACUAAUGAUUUCUUUAUCUUCAUUAAAAAAAAAAUAAUAAUAAUAAUAAUAAUAAUAAUAAAAUAAUAAAAAAACCGUAAAUGAUUGUAUACUAUUAUCGCGGCCUUUAAAGUUCGAUAAAAAGGCCGUAAAUUAAAUAGAUGCUGUGGUGCAAUUUUUUCCUUGGUUUAAAUGCUUUUUUCCUUUGUUUAAACUCUGAUUUUCAAUCGUACAUAACCAUACCGCAACACAAAGGAAAAGAAAAUCUAAACCAUUGAUGAGUUGAACCACAGUAUUUCGUCAAAUACUACAACUAAAUAUAGAGCCGGUUAGUAGUCUCGUUUAUCUUUUCGUUACGUUUAGUAUGCUUCCAAAAAUAUGAAAAGAUAUCCUUUACAUUUCCUUGUUUAGAGUUAGUCAUUAUGAUUGUGGUAGUAAAACAUGAAAUAUAUCCAUUAUGAUUGAAGGUAAAAUACCGCUGUUAGUAAAAUCAACAUUUUGAGAGACUUCAAUAAAGUUGCUAUUUAUAUAAACAGGAUUUCUUUACGUUCUUAUCUGUGUCUGGAAUAUCACAAGGAAUGGGCCGGAAAAACGCUGAAAUGGGAAAAGCACACUUCAGUGUCCUAAAGAUGGGAAAAGUCAGAAGACUGUUAAAAGUGUCUUUUUUUUCACGCCAAUUUUAGGAGAGGAUUAAAAAAAUGUUGUUUUUCCUCGUUGUGUGGUUAAGGACUGACACUUGUGUACAGCUUGCCAGAUACAUUCAAGACUCUUUCUGCCACUGUUGAACAUUUCCCGGUCUUUUUUUGAGAGAUAAUAUAUAGCCAAAUCUGGGAAGGGAAGUCAAUUGAAAAACUUUGAAAAUCAUAGACAAAUGAAGAGUCAUCAAAACCUUUUUAGCCUUUCUCGAGCUAGAAAUAGAAAUUUGUAAACAAGAGUUUAAAUUGCUUCUUCAAACAUAUAUUUUACAUCAGAAAACUUCCCCCUGAUAAAUGAGGAUGGAGACAUAUCAAAUAAUCUGGCUUGAAUUUUGUCAUCACUGGAAACUAAAUCCAGUAAAUCCAUCUUGUCAGUUCGUGUCCUUAAACCGCUGCCUUUCAUAUAAAAAACGUGGCCAGGAAUCAUGUAAAUUCCAGUUUUCUCCAGCGCCUUCGUCCGGUGGCAUUUUCUUGGCCUAAAUAACAAUGACAAUACAGUAAGCUCAAAAAAUAUCUACACAUCACUUUUGUCUACCCAAAAUCCUUUCACCUCGCUCACCAAUCAGACCACAUACAUACUUUCCUUGUGAGGGGAAUACCGUAAAAUUCCGAAAAUAAGCCCCUCCAUGUAUAAGCCCCUCCAAAUAUAAGCCCCCGAAACCGGUAACGCAAAAAACCCUCCGUUAAAUCGCCCCUCCAAAUAUAAGCCCCAUGGAACUUGUACUUGGAAAAUUGCCCUCAAAUACAAAGUAAAACAAAGCAAAAACGGUAAAUUUACCUCCAACUAUAAGGCUAGCCCAACCUAUUUUGAAACUGACACGACGAGAAACGGGUUGGCAUUCUUCUAAUAUAAGGUGCAUCGACGAGAAUCUUGGCUUCUGGAUCACACUUUGUUGAUUCCGGAUUUUAUGCUUUAGAUCCCGGAUGGCAGGUACUGAAUCCAGUAUUCCUUGUCCGUGAAAGGUAGGAUUCCAGAUUCCAAUCGUUAGCGAGAUUCCGGGCUUCAUAAAUAGAGGAGGCCCCAGCUGUUCAAAAGCUGGAUAACGCUAUCCACCGGAUAAAUCUCUAUCCACUGGAUAGUGCAAUUGGUUUCGCCCAUACCUAUCCACUGGAUAGUGGAUAGAGCUAUUCAUCUUAUGAACAACCAGGUCUGAAUGUCGAAUUUCAAACCCCUGAACUGAUUCCGGAUCAGUCUACAAGAAAAAAAUUCCCGGGUUCCGGAAUCCGGAUUACCGUACACCUAGGAUAUCCAUUACUGACAGUAUUCUGCAGUGCGGCCUAGAAAUCAGGGCCGGAAACAAGACAUGAUACCUUGGCUGCCUCGAUAGCUUUCUUUGGAAGUGUUAUCCUCGGAAACGCAUACAUUGCACCUGCACCUCGUUACAUUUAACAUUUUCCAUUGAGUUAAGAACCUCCCUUGUCAUCUUUGCUUUUUUCCUGUAAGAAUUCUUGCUGGAUGUUACUUCCUGUAAAACAGAUAAAACACAAAAUAAUACUUAGGCAAGAUAUGGGAAUACUGGAGGUAAUCAUUUCUAUAGAUUUCUACAGCGCGUCGUAAUUAAAGAUCAUUUUCUAUACAUUUAUAAGAAGAUUGCCAAAUGUUCCGGGAGAAAAUAGAAAUUUUUGCUUACUCGACCUAGUCCCUUAGCGACUCAAGCAUUUGGCAAACUUUACUUCUGUAAGACUCGAAUCUCACGUUUUUUUUGGCAAAAGAAUCAAUGGAAACCUAUCCUAAGUGCCAGAGACUUUAUCGCCACUCGUGGCUUCGGCCCGCGGCCCUAAGGAUCCCGCCACCCGCGAGAAUACCUCUGGUACCCAGGGUAAGAGAAAGAAGCUUUAUUUGUUAAAUCGGCUAUCCCAUGGCAGGCAUUAGAGGCGUCACCUGACUAAGUAUUGCAUUAUUCACUGCUUUUAUCUGUAUCAUGGAAAGCUACAGUUCAAAUUAUUACAUUUUAGUUAAAACCUGGAACGAGUUACAGCCUGAGCACUAGAGACAAGCUGAAAAAAAGAAUAAUACAACGCUAUUAAUUUUGUCAUUCACAACUAAGUACUAAGUUCUCAAGUUCCAUAGCGAAUAAUGACUCGUUAUUGCCAUUAUCAACCAUAUAAACUAGUCAGCCGCGACAGAGCCCCUUUAAAAAAUUGCACGAGCGAUAAAGUAGCGCUGUUUAUGAUCACGCGAGGCGCGUGAGUUUCUCUGGGCUUAAGUUACAGUUAGGGAGCUUACCUUUGAAAUGUUUUCACAUGAUUCACCGCCAGGCUUGGGAGGAUUGCAAGUGAGUCCCAUGACUACCUUGGGUUAGAAACCAAGCGUAAUGAAUACAGACUGAGUACCUUACAAUGAAGGACUAACAGCUUCCUCUGCAGGCGCUUCGAAACUCGGGCGACACAAGGCAAAUGACUGGAAAUAAGAGAAGCGCGAAGCUUUAUGGGAGGAGCAAGAAAGGAGAGCAAAGCCAUCUUCACCAUCCCGUCGUUUCUUGCGCGUAGUGUGAGAGACGCCUAACUACGAUGAAGUUACAUCUGAACUAUUGCAAUUUUUUUGUUUCACUGCCUAAUACCCUGAACACCAUAAAACAAAACAAAACAACAACAGGAACAAACAACACAAAGCCAAUAUAACGAAGAGAGAAACACAAGCAGCCGGGCUUGUCUAGGACUUGGGGGAUGUUAAUAAAUCAUCGCUCUAACGAAAGGUAUUAACUGAGGUCUUUCCAGGAAUUCAAACUGGAAAUUGUGGACUAGGGUUUGAGGCAGCCCUUUCAUUAGGGACCUCUGUCCCAUUUCACUACAUGACAUACAUUAUUCGUACCUGUCCUAUUGUGGAGGGCAACUUCCGCACUCAGGUAAGUUUUAACUCGAGACCUGAGUUGAUCAUUGAAUCCUACGAGCUCUAAUGAUAUAUCCACCUCUGAGCCCGCAUCUGCAAGGAACAGCAAUGAAGAAAGUCCAGUAUUUGACCCAUUGCAGCUUGUCAUUGGCAUGGUACGAAAACACCAUGAUGGAGAGCAAGGUUACGCUAGUUACCGUUUACAAAAAUACAGUUGGGAAGAACCGGUAAAUGGAACACCUGACGACUGUUCAAAAAAUUUCAGUGGAAAAUUUGCAGGAGCAAAGGAAUGUCUGAAAAGGGUUUUCUGUUUUUCCGGUCGUGUUUCUUUUCUUCAAAUCCACCCUUGAUACCACUUUAAGGUUUUCGCGGCCGUUUUUCGGUAAAUGAAACUGAUUUGUACGAAUGGUAAACGCGAUUCCGGGACGACAUCUACUAGCACUGAAUUUUGCUUACCACUUGUCCAAACCGUGAACCGAAUGGUAUGUCCGUGUAAACGGUAAACAACCCGAGACACGCAUUGGGAGAAGACAAACCAGGGAUGUUACUAAGAUUUCAAGUUGCUUGGUAAAUGCGACAAGUAGGCAGGGAAUAUAACAGUUAGGCAUUUCUUUUGGUCUUAUUUUUCUUCUAUUUUCCUAUGAAAGUAGCCGGGGGCCACGUUCAUAGCAAAUGGGGAAAAUCCCCUGCCCCCGCCUCUUAAUGACUGCCCUGCAAAACAUAGGAAAUUACAACUUUAAAUGAUGUGAGCUUCUUUGCUUGUCUUGUUCCAGAGCGCUCCUUCCUAACUCCCCAGCAUGGCGGUUUUGUACCACGUGAUCAUGACCAGCUCAAAGGCCCUAUUGUGAGAAAAAUUAAUAGAAAAAGUUUGUUUUGGCACUCAUGAUCAGUUGGCCAUUUACUGUUGAGGCCAAGUACUUGAUUUUCAGAUUUCCGUGGGAAAGGAAUUGUAAAGUGGCGAAGUUUGCAUCAAUUUUUCCCAAGUCAGUACAGUUAAAUAGAAAACCACGCGCAAAGAGUGCAAAUGCGGGGAAUUUUUCUUACAAACGAGGCUUGGGGGUGAAAUCAGCUCAUUUAAAGCGUAAUCUAGCAUAAGGGCCAUUUCGCGGGAUAAGCAAGUCCAGCAAGCUGCACAAGUGGUCACAAUUUUUUUAUCCAUAAUUACAACCAAACUUGUGUCCGACAGUCACCUGUGGCAAUAACCAACUGACUAGUUUCGUAACCAGACCUCUUGUUGAUCUCUUCGACUUCGUCUACAAGAGAUCUUGGUUGGAGAUUACCGACCGUUAACCGUUAAGUACAGAUGAAGAAUCCACCCCAAGACGAUAAUAUCCACAACGUGUUUCCUACCUUUUCUUGUGCUAAAAAAGAGGAAAUGUCAAGCCAAAGACAAAAUAAUGUCUUUAAUGAACAUGCAAAAUACCUCGUGGCAAAGUGAACAUUUAAUAGCGAUGAAGGAAAUACAAAAAACUUGAUAAGGACUGCUAGGGAAAGGAGAACUGCGACUCUCAUCAGUAAUUCAGAGAAAAUUUUUUCCGGGACUUUGACAACUGACCCCUUAACCCUUUAACUUCCCGCAGAAUGAAUGGAGUCGAGUAAAGAAUUCAAGUUUUAACUAACUUUAGAGUCUGUGGAAGAAAUCCUUUGGCUUUUAGUGUCAGUGACAAUUCAAAUGAAACCUCGUUGUUUAUACUCAGCUGUAUACUUUCAUGUGGUUUUACUUGUCUCUAAGCAUUUUAAAAAAUGAAAUUUAUAAUUUGUAAUUGGGAGAGCAAGGGUUAAUAAUGGUUUGUCUGUGGAUAUGUAUGUACAAUCAAAUAAGCCCGGCAAACAAAGCCCAAGGGUUCAAAAUUGGCACUAAAUCAUUUUUGUCUACUACCCAGAAGGUGGCCGCAAAAACAAACAAACAAGAGGAAAAACUCACACGCACAACUUACUCGCCUGUGUACCCUUUGGCACUGGAACGAAGAGAGAUCAAUUGAAAUCCGCUAUACUCGUCUCCCAGGUCCCUGAGGACUUUUUUGCACGAGUAGUGAAACUGGGCUCCCUCCGCGUACACGUUGUCUUGGUAAACUUCAUCGGCGAAUAAAACUAACUUCUCACGAGCACAAAACUUGAUUACCUCUUGAAAAUAAUGUCUUUAUACGUCAACACCUGACCUAUAUAUAAAUAAGAAACAAACGUGACUAAAGUUAAUGGAUAAACGAAGGACAGAACAAGUUUACAUUUUAUAGUUAAACUCUGAUAUAACGAACACUUCGGUUUAACGUAGAAUCUCCUUAUAACGGACACCCUAGUUUAACGACUUCCUAGAUAAUGAAGAUCCCUGUAUAAGGAGGAAUUCAUCAAAAAAAGGAGAAAAAAAAAACACCCCGGUAAAAAGAACGCCUAUAUAGCCAACACCCUGGUAUGACGAACACCCCUUGAUAAUGGUCACCCCGUGAAAAGAAAGCUCGAACGCAAUAAUCUGUGUGCUAAAAGAACGUCGAGAGUAAAUAGAGAAAUUUUAUUAUCAUUGCUAUCAUCAUCAUCAUCAUCAUCAUCAUCACCUGCAUUAAUAUUACUGCACGUAAUUACAAAUCGAUAAACAUCCAAUGUACCUGCUGGAUUGCCUGGAUUUAUAAGCACGAGAGCUCUUGGUAAACAGUGCGGCCUGCCCCAUCCAGCUUUUUCUUUAGUUCAGACAUAUUCAAACCCCAGUUGUUGUCUUCGUCAAGAAGGUAAAAAUCUUCGGGGUAAAAAAAUAAAUAAAAAAUUGAGUAGAACGUAAUUUUCUCAUGGGGUCUCUGAGGAAAAAUGCCGAAGUUUGAAGUAAUAAAUUCUUGCUGCAACAAAACUGGAACCAAGUUCUUAGAUUUACUCUGAUUAACGGAUAGUUUCGGGAACUCUUAAGCUAAGGCUGGUCCAGUUUUCACUAGUCGUAAUUAGAAGUGCAAAGCGUUAUGAUAAGGUGAAAAAGAAGUCAGAUUCCGCAUACGACUCCGUCGCUUACAACGUCAGUAGUGACAACUACAAGGUUGUCACACUUGUAAGGAGAAGCGACAGAUCAAUCUAUCACAACAUGAAACGCUGCUUGGGACCGAGUAUUGCGAUUGGUUUAUUCCUUUCGUUUUCACUACACUGUAAGCGGCGGAGUCGUUAGCGGAGUCGGAAGAUAAAAACUUUCCGAUUCUUGUUUUGGGACUCCGAUUCCUCCCUUUAAGCCUAUGAACCCGUUUACGACUCCGAGUACGACCAGUCCGUCACUGUGGUUUAACUGAAAAUCAGCCAAACUUGGACGAAUUUUGCACAGGCAGGGAAGAAGCUCACUGGCUGAAACACCACAAAGCGUUUUUUUUUUUGUAAUAUUUUGUUUUUCUAGUAGUGAUUCGCACGCGCCAACGGCUCUUAAAGAUGGAAAAUCUGCUUGGAAAAUACAGUAGUAGACUUUCGCGAUGCGAACAUUUAAUUCAAAUUUACAACCAUCUUAGCUUCUAGAGUCUUAAGUCUCUUUCUUCUUAACAGUUACUGAUACAUGCCUAGUUAGACUGGUCAGCAAGCGUGAAAAGCGAAGUAAAGCCGUGAUAGCACGAGCGAAGCGUGUGCAAGCACUCUACUCUCCUCGCACUCCUUUCCGCUGCCCCUCCCAGACAAACCCGCCAGCAACGUAGGUUAAGUAGAGGAAAAUGCGUGAACGAUAGUGAAAACAACUCCUAAAAAUGCGACGCAACACGCGUGUCACCUCUCGAGGGAAGUAGACAGCUGUUCCAGACGUUCAGAUAAUAGAGCGCGGUCAAAAAACUGACGAGAAAAAUAAAAUGGAAGAGACUAGAGAGGGAGAGUUCCCUCGCUCUCGCCCCCCUCUCCUCCCUCUUUUCCUCCGCGUACGAUUUAACUCAAUCACUGUGUUCAACUAUUUGAACGCCUGGAACAGACUACGCGCGAAGCGACGCCAACUGACACGAAUAGGUAUUACCUGGUGUGUGUUGUGUUGCAGUAGCCUCGCCUGAUACAUGCUAUAUCCAGGGAUAGGAAUCAUUACCCCAGGGGGUCCCCAGCUCAACCCUUUCCUUCCGUGAUUCCUGUUGAAAUAAUUCCCAUCAUGACCUGUGCGGCCAAACAAACCAUUAUCUUUUUCAGUUACCACUAGGUAAAGCUGUGCAGCAGUCACAGGGUACCCACUUGGAAGCUGUUUUAUUCUGCAGAAUGAAUUUUGAGAAAAGGAGAACUGACAAACAGGGUUGGCUAACUAAACCAACAACAUACAGCCUGAGAAAACAGUCAUAACAUUUCGUGAUGCCACCACUGGUUUCCAUGCGAAAUGACGUCAGUGAGGAACAAACGAGGCAGAAAUUUCAUACUGGUGUCAGUUGUGUCACUGCCCAGAUCUGGGUAGUGCUUUUGAUUGGCUGAAGCAGAUUUUCCUUGAGGCACGAUCAAUCAGGAGCCCUACCCAGUUCUCAGGGUCUACUGCUGAAGCUUUUUUAAGGCUGGUUUUCACUAGUGACGGAGUCGGAGUCGGAGUCGGAGUCGUAAGCGGAGUAGUAAGAGGGCUUGUGACCAAGUGAAAAUCAAAAAUAGGAGUCCUAAACGGAGUCAUAAGCGCUACGGAAUCGGAAUUAGAAGAAUCAGAACGUUUCCAUCGCUUACGUUCCGCUUAUGAUCCAGUGAAAACCAGAUUGUUGGAGUCGGAAGCAGAAGCGGAAGGAUAAAGCAACCACAAUACACGUUCCCACGUUUUGUGAUUGGUUUGGUUCUUCUGCUUGUGCUUCCGACUCGGACAAUCUGGUUUUUACUAAGCUCUACGCUUCUGAUUACUACUCCGACUCCGACUCUAGUGAAAACCAGCCUUUAAUAUGGACACUGUUACAUUGUAGAAAGUAGGCAGCUAUCAGAACUGCCCGCAGUAGGCUACUUGUGGCUACCUUUGUAAUUAAAAACCUCAUUACCAGCAGCUAGUGCCUAACAGAAUCACUCCUGUAAGCCCGCGCUCCAGUAGCCUCCCACGAAGACGUUCUUAGGGGUUCGUCAAGCGUUCCGGCCCCACUAACGUCUGCUGAACCGAGAGAUAAAUUCCUUUCCCAUUGUUCGCAAAUAUCAGCUGGACAUCACAUGCAGAUUAUCAGAGAUCCAAUCGACGCUGUUGAAGUCAAAGUGUUGACAAGCGAAAGACAUAUGUACAAGCUCGGUAGAGUGCGAUACGUGACCAAACAUUUUUGCUCCGGACGAGAAUCUAGCAGAUAAGCGUUGGCUUCUUGUAUAUUUCUCUCCGUAAAGGCUGGAUUAGAUGUCAUUUGCUCAUAAAGAUGUUCUAUGGGUGAUGUAGUGGCGGGUCUACCUUGUAACUAAACAAAAGGCAGAAUUUUUUUUCACACUUUAUUGUUUUGUAGUAAAGCCGACUGCUGUUUGGCAAAUUUAACCCCCGAGGUAAUUUUUUUUCAAUGAGAUUUUGAGGGUAGCCUCGAGUACGAACGCUUCUGAGUUAAAUGAGUAGUUUGUUCUAAAACUGUAAGGUCUUCACCUUUCAUGAGACCUUUCUGAUCUUUUCUGGAGCUAAAUCAAGCGCGAAAUUUCUCAAGGUCUUAAGUGCACUUCCCAGAUCUGGAAGUCUUCUGUGAUUGGUCUACGUUUUUUCCCGCUCAAAUCAGCAGACGUUAGUGGGGCAGGAACGCCUGAAGAACCCCUAAAAACGUCUGCGUGGGAGGCUAGCGCUCUAGUUACUGUAUGGAAACUUUUUCUGAAUCCAGAGGGUGUUGGCUUACGGUAACUUUAACUGUAUAAUUUAAUAUGAUGUUUCUAAGACAAAUCUGCCAUAUUCCAUGUCUACAUGCAUUCAUUUGCUCCAAUGUGCAAAGGUAUUAAGUUGAAUUUACUAUUGACAUUUAUUUAUAUUUUGUAUUUCCUUAGACUUGGCGAUCUAGCCUGCAACCUGCUCCUACUCUACAGACAGAUUCUCAACUAAAUUAGCUAGAGGCGUGUUGUGGUCAAAGACACAUUAUAAACAUGGAAGGUGGCAGGCAAGAUGUCUGUCUCAAUGCUUUUCUUCACAAAAUGCUGAACAUUUUAAUCUGCUAACAACACGCACGCACGCCUUGGAUUGUACUGGAUUCGGGAUUCCUUGUCAGUGGAACGUGGAUUCCGGAUUCUAGUCAUUAGCAAGAUUUCGGACUUCCCGAAGAGCUGAAUUCCGAAACCAAAACCCAGGAUUCCGGAGUACGGAUUACGUUGUUUAGGACGAUUGGCAUAACAUGGCCGACUUCCAAAGAGAUAUCCAUUAUAUUAUUCUGCCGUGCGGUUCUAGAAAUCAAGGCCGGAAACAAAACUUGAUACCUUGGCUGCCUCGAUAGCUUGCUUUGGAAGUGUUAUCCUCGGAAACGCAAGUAGUAUACUAUGUUGAAACUUAACCUCAUUUUGGACUUCCCUCGGACUUCCUGCAUACUAAUUUGGAUUUCCUGCAUACUAAUUCGGUAUAGGUUUACUAAUGAGCGAAUACUACAAAAGGCAAAAUAGGCUUGCCUCGACUUGAAGGAACUUGAGCCCAGUUUACGGACCGUUUAUGAAAAGGAAAAUAGGAAUAAGAGGACCGAUCACAAAGCAACGCGAGAAACGGCUUUCUAUAUCUUAUUUAGUGCUAAAACUCAGAUAUAUAAACAAAACACAAACAGAAAGUGGAGUUGAAAAGUCUUUAUUUCAAUUUAGUUUAUGUCUUCUUAUUUAGCUCUAAAACUUGGAUAUAUGUAAACAAAACAUACACAAAGUAGAACUGAAAACUCUCUAUUUCAAGUUUGUCUGACGUUUUCUCCUAUCUAUCUUGAGGAAAUGAAAAACUAUUACAGUCUCAGCGUUUCACGCACUGUUAAUCAGUUAAUUAUGCGAGUUCAUAAGCCCAAAGUUGUUGAAUACAAAUUAGUUCAUCUCUACAGCUAUACCCAAGGGAGCACCUUGACGUAUUAUUAUAUAAACAAAUUUAACAAGGAUCAAUUAAAACACGCGACUAAUAAUUGCUAGCAAUAAAACCACAAGAGAGAUACUGUUUUAAAAACUUUAUUAAAAACAGAAAGAGUCAAAUACACAGCGAUUUGAAAGAAAUCUAUUAAAAUAGUCGAAGAAAGCAAGCUAUCUUUUUUACCACGUUUCCCUCCUCAAUUUUUUUGUCCUCCACCACAAUUUUAAUAUUUUCCCUCCUCCUCCUCCUCCUCCACCUCCUCAUUUCUAUUGUUUUCCCUCCUCCACCUCCUCAUUCUGAUUGUUUUCCCUCUUCCUCCUUAUUUUGAUUGUUUUGAUAGGGUCGAUGUGGGGUCAAUGUGGGGUCGAUGUAGGGUCCAUGUGGGGUCCAUGUGGGGUCCAUGUGGGGUCCAUGUAGGGUCGAUGUGGGGUCGAUGUGGGGUCGAUGUGGGGUCAACGUUGUAUAAAGAGUCUUACACAAGCCUUCUGUGAGCCUUCUUAAGCGUUCUGUAAGUAUCUUACAAAAGGCUUGUGCAAGCUCUCUUACACGUUCUGUAAGAACUCUUACACAAGCCUUCCGUAAUUAUCUUAGGAAAGCCUUCUCUAAGUCAUACACAAAAGACAACAAACACUGUUUACAUAAUUUUUAAGUGUUAAAGAAGGCGUUCGUAAGAAGGACUUUUAGUAAUGAGCUAUCUUAAUUAAAUUGAGCUAUUUAGUGACACAGCAACUAAAAUAGGGUAAUUUUAGUGCAAUGGAAUAUAUAAGGUCUUGUAUAUUAUAUUCUGUUACUGUUUUUAUAUAAGGUUCUGUGCCCAGCUGCUAAGAUUGAUCCCAUUUUCCUAUGUUUGUCCUCUCAAUCGCGACAUUUACAUUUACAUUUACAUUUACAUUUACAUGAAAUAAGUAAUAAUUUGAAACUGUGGGGAUACCUUGAAUGAUGCACGGAGGCCAAAUAAUCGUUGUGUGUGUCCAUCAAAUAGGGUCGAUUGGUUGUGGGCUGAUUAAAAAAGGAUGUUCAAGUUAACAAAAAGCCUAAUUCAGCAGCAAAUUUUUAGUUAUUUACUGGGGAUACAUAUAAUUAGGAGUCAAAAAUGAUGGCCAAGACAAUUAUUCAUGUUUUAAUAAACUGAAGUUUAACAGUGAAAUAUUAUUUUCCAAAACAGAUGUGCAGAUAAUUUAUCAGACCGUAUAAAUCAAGGGAAGAUUAUUUUUCGCUGGAGUUACCAGAACCGCAGACGUCUUUUACAAUCCGAACUGAUAUUUUCCAAGCAAAAACUAAAUAGAUAUACGUUUUGGCUUGAUCAGUGGGGACAUCCAGCAUAGCAUGUUGCGAAAGGUUAGUUAUUUAUUCAUAAACAAAACGAAACGGCUGAAAAAAUUAAAACUAGCCUGUACACAGACGUUGUUUUCUUUUUCUUUUCGUUCUUUUCGAGAGCAUCGGCGAGCGAGAACGAGCGCGGAGCGCGAGAAAGAAAACUAAAGAAUUUUCUCCUUCCCCAGCCCUAACCCCUUCCGCUGGCGGUCAGCAAAUCCCUCGCGCUUUUUGUUUUUUAUCUCGCGCGCUCGAUGGACUUUGAAGAGAAAAUAGAGGGUCUGUGAACAGGCUAGAACAAAACGAAACAUAUUUAAGGUUUUUACUGCGGUAUCAUGCAGUCAGUGAGCAUAAAUUUAUUGUUAAACCGUUCCAGUUAUAGAGCGAUAGAUAUACUUAUCUUAAACAAAUCAUUAUUUGCCAGCCUGUUUGAAGUAUGGUAAAAGCAAAGUUUUUUUGCCCUAUAUCUAAUAAUCUCAUGAUCGUGCUCAAUACGGAGAGCGCAAGUUAAGGACAAUCUUUUCCAAAACACCUUUAAGUAUGAAAAAAUUUGUCCCCUUUAUCCUCUCUUGGCGGAAAAAAUAACAAGCAAAAGCAAAUAUUUUAAAAGUAUUUUAUCUUUAAAGCAAUACUUCCCAAAACAGGUGUGCAGAUAAUUUUAAGACCGUAUUUAUCGAGCCGGAAUUCGGAAGAUUAUUCUUUGCCGGAGUAACAUCCAACGCAGACGCCUCAGUUCACAAGCCUAGCUGAUAUUUCGCAAAGUCUUUUCUUCGGCUUUGUCAUCUAAAACAUCCAGCAAACUGCAUUUUGUGAAAGGUUAGUUGCAACAAGAGAUAAAACCUAACCGUAGCGGCUUAUGAGACAUCCUUAAAAUAAGAGCACAAAACAGCCGAUGGGUUCAUGCAAAUAGUGUAAUCAAAAAACUAAAAGAAAUUCAUUUUGGCGCGCAAAUAAUAGCGGUGCCCUGGCGAUCGAGAGGAACGCAUUCACUCGCCGCUAGUCCCUAUGCAGGCCAAAGGAUUUGUAGUAAAUGGUGUUCUUUCUUUGUACUAUCCUGCAGUUCUGUUUUCCUUGGCAAACUUUUAUCAAAGAAAUUCAGGAAAAAUUCAGGAACUAUUGACAUGAAAUAAGUUAUAAUAUGAAACUGAGGGAUACCUUGAAUGAUGCACGGAGGCGAAAUAAUCGUUGUGUGUGUCCAUCAGAUAGGGUCGAUUGGUUGUGGGCUGAUUAAAACAAGGAAGUUCAAGUUAACAAAAAGCCUAAUUCAGCAGCAAAUUUUUAGUUAUUUAGUGGGGAUAGAUAUAAUUAGGGGUAAAAAAUGAUGGCCAAGACAAUAUUCAUGGUAAACUGAAGUUUAAUAGUGAAGUAUUAUUUCCCAAAACAGAUGUGCAGAUAAUUUAUAAGACCGUAUAAAUCAAGGGAAGAUUAUUUUUCGCUGGCGUUACCAGAACCGCAGACGUCUUUUACAAUCCGAACUGAUAUUUUCCAAACAAAAACUAUAGAUAUACGUUUUUCCUUGAUCAGUGGGGACAUCCAGCAUAGCAGUUUGCGAAAGGUUAGUUAUUUAUUUUAAAAAAAAAAAAACUAAACGGCUGAAAAAAUUAAAACUAGCCUGUACACAGACGUUGUUUGCUUUUUCUUUUCGUUCUUUUCGAGAACAUCGGCGAGCGAGAACGAGCGUGGAGCGCGAGAAAGAAAAAUAAAGAAUUUUCUCCUUCCCCAGCCCUAACCCCUUCCGCUGGCGGUCAGCAAAUCCCCCGCGGUUUUUGUUUUUUAUCACGCGCGCUCGAUGGACUUUGAAGAGAAAAUAGAGGGUCUGUGAACAGGCUGGAACAAAAUGAAACAUAUUAAAGGUUUUUACUGCGGUAUCAUGCAGUCAGUGAGCAUAAAUUUAUUGUUAGACCGUUCCAGUUAUAGAGCGAUAGAUAUACUUAUCUUAAACAAAUCAUUAUUUGCCAGCCUGUUUGAAAUAUGGUAAAAGCAAAGUUUUUUUUGCCCUGUAUCUAAUAAUCUCGUGAUCGUGCUCAAUACAGGAGGGUGCCAGUUAAGGACAAUCUUUUCCAAAACACCUUUAAGUAUGAAAAAAUUUGCCUCAUUCAGCUCAAAUUUUCCAGGGAGGGAUCGUAUUUGGUAAAAUAUUCAAUUAAUUGCGAGUUUUUAUUGUUUUAGAAUAUCGCGUUUUGUUUUAGAACGUGUUAUAUAUUGUGUGGAAAAAAUAGCAAGAAAAGGCAAUUAUUUUAAAAGCAUAAUAUUUUUAGUGCAAUAUUUCCCAAAACUGGUGUGCAUAUAAUUUUAAGACCGUAUUUAUCGAGCCGGAAUUCGGAAGAUUAUUCUUUACCGGAGUAACAUCCAACGUAGACGCCCCAGUUUACAAAAGCCUAACUGAUAUUUUGCAAACUCUUUUUUUCCGCUUUGUCAGUUGAGACAUCCAGCAAACGGAAUUUUGUCAAAGGUUAAUUGCACACAAGAAGAAAACAAAAUGAAACUUGACAAAAAGGUUUUAAUUACGGUAUCAUAGAGUUGCGGAUUUAUUUAAGAACCGAAUAUUUUUAAACCUACGUACUUAACCACUGUUUAGGACAUUCAUAGGCCCUUUCGGCCUUUUCCGUGAUGUGGUAUAGGGACACCCAGGGGGGGCUGGCAGCGAGGUCUGGAACCUAGUUUACAUGAUCGCCCCUUCAGGGCGGAAAAACGUAAUGAGCAUGCGUCAACUUUUUUGCCCAGAUCCCCUGACCGGGUUUGAAAAAAUGGCGGGAUUUCAAAUAUUUUGUUGCCUAAAAAUAAAAUGUUUCCACUCAUAACCUGGAAAAAACAGGCAAUUUGUCUUCAAAAGUUGCAAGCUGUGGUUAUAAUCUUGUCGUUUCUUAAUUUUCUCGAAGAAUACCUCAUAGUAAAACGGACUUUAAGGACAUCAAUUUCCUUGCGUUGUACUGGAAAUGUGUAUGCGUUGGUCCGAUUUUUUUCAGAUGCAUUCACAAAAUGUGUUCAUAUAAGGAAGUUCCUGGAUAUAUAAGGUCCAGAGCUCCACUGUGGACACUAAAACAACAUAUCUUUGGACAGUGAUUUGCCCAAAGAAAUUAACGCUUGCCCACAAUGUGUUUGAAGUCACUGAACUUUGUCGCACUCGAGCUGAUAUUUUAAAGCCUUCGCUCGAUCGGACAGUCGUAGUUUCGCAGAUCACUAAAAUAUAAACAAAAUCCUCAAUGUAGAAGUUAUUGCGUUUAUAGGAGGGCAGAAAAAAGGUCAAUCCUUAUCCAGCAAAAUCUUCCAAAAAUCGGUUUCAAAGUAACUAUAGUUUUUUAAACUUGCUCGUUUCGCGCAGAUAUAUAAAUUUUGCUUUGUGUGGUCAAGUUGAACACGCAUAACAUCUGUCAAAAACCUACGCGUAAGUAGGAUUUCCUUCAAACAAAGUUAAAGUUACAUUAUUUCAAAGACUUCUUGCUGACAAUGAAGAAAUAAAUUUUCUGCACGAAAACAACCUACCUAAAGAUUUUAAAAGCAACAGAUCAGUUGCUACUUGGCAGCCAAGCCAUGAUUCACCAUUUAUAGCUAUUUUAAGCUUAACUGGUCCAUGCGAGGGUCUUAGUUUACUAAGUAACCAAAUUAAACUCAGCCGAUCAUUAGAAAAUACAGAAAAUUGCACAUAAGGGUUUGUUUUGCUCGCCUCAGUCAAAUCCAGCUGCAGCAAUUGUUUACGGGAAAAGAGUCAAUUGUUUUGAAGUCACUGCCGGCAGUUGUCGUUCUCUACUUCACAGCGAGUGAAAAGGACAAUUUGCGUACAGAAAGUUAUUCUUAUAAAGAACAGAAACUUUCACAGUGCACUGGAAAACAAAACUAUGUAAUGAAAAAUGAAAAGAACUCUGACUAUUAUUACUUGAGCAACAGAAAAAUGAUCUUGAGUAAGCUUGCUGGCCUUCUAUUUCCGAGAAAGUUAAAUAAGCGCACAAGUUUGUUCACUCUGAUUCGUUGUAGCAGCAAUAUGGUUCUUUGACUGAAGACAAAGAUAAAGCUGAUUCUGCCAAGGUAACAAAUCUGGGCAUGUAAAAAAAGUAACCGUAACUAUAUACUAAUAACAGAAUACAAGCGGGCUUUAAUUCAACCCGGCGAAAUCAAAUUAAAUCAAAUCAUUAAAUUAAUCGGAUGCACAAUCACAAAAAAUACUCGCCUCUUUAGAAAUGUUCAAAACUUUUUAUUCCACCUCAGACUGACAGAAUGAUCCGUUUUUCCUUUAACGUUGGUUGUUCUGAAUCCAAAGUAAUUUUCAAGCGACGAAAAAAAAAAGCAAACAUGUCAAAUAAAAAUGCUUUAGAGGGAGCAAACGUUCGCACCUCGUGCAGUUCACUCAGAACUCAAGCAACAAACAAUUAAACACAGUCAACACACAAAAAAGCCCGCCUUGAGCCUGCGAUAAGGGAUGCGCAGUAGCUUGCGCAGAACGUUUUUCCGCCCUGAAGAUCGCCCCAGUUAAGAAAUUCGGCCGAGUGCGACUGAGUACAAAUUUUCCUUGAAAAAACAAAUAUGGCGGAGAAUGCAGGCAUGGAAGGACGAUGAGUUUUUGCUCGGUUUUAAGUUUUCCCGCGUACAAAUAUCAAGAAAAGGUUUCUAUGAACUUUUUCAAUGGACCUUUUGGACAUCAGGAGGCGUGAAUGUAUGAACAGUUCAUGGGCGACUUCACUUACCGUGAUUCGGGAUCUCCGCAAGUUCAGUUAUUUUUAAGCUUCAUGAAUUUUCGAGCGAUCAUCUUGCUCCAUCUCUUACAUUUUUCCACUUACAGUCGUAUUAAGACUCUCUUCCUUAUCUUAAACAUAUGCUACGAGCACAAGAUAUUGGUAUGAGUCUUGCAACAGUCACAUGUGAAUGUUCAUUAAACCACCUGAUUUUCUACUUCGCUGUUCGUAAGUUUGUUUGUGUACACCGGGAGACGCAACAAAUAUUUAUGGACGUAAAUACAGAAUACAGGGCCAAUUUAGUAAAAACCAGGGUAAAUGAUCCAAUCACUCUGCUUCACAUAUACUGGGUCUGUCAAUAUAAGCUAUUUUUAUUAUCAGAAGGCUGGGAGGAGUUUACUGAACCUUCAAAACCUUCACUGGAAUGUCUUUGGAGUGAUAAUCAAUUUCCAACAGCAAUACCGUAUUUAGUAGUUUUGUAUCAGAUAGUGACUUCGGUUUCAAGUAUUUCCUUGAAAUUGUUGGUACAAAAAUUACCCUUUAGUUAUGAAUUAUACUUGAAAUGAUUAUAGUGGUUUAGUGUAAGAACAAGAGCCUAAUUCAGUUGCUAAUAAGAGUGAGUACAUCAGGAAAGAGUAUGCGUUGAGAAAAUCCCUCAAAGGACUGAAGUACAAGAAACAGAAAAAAGAAAACUGAAUGUUUUGCAGAGAUUAUAAAGAGAAUCAGAAGAGGCUUGAAAAAUAUACAACUUAAGUUUAUUGUUUGUGUAAGUUAUGAAUCUGAUUUACAAAUAAACUAUACAAGGUAAAAUUGAUUUUUUAUCAAGCACAAAAAGAAGUUAUAUUAUUGUCGGGCUUGAGCCCUAUCCUAUCAGCAGUUCUUUCUAUGAUACUACCCUUGGCUUAUUUGGCCUACAUGGGUAUGUGCUGCUGAUUUAGGGUGGUCACCACUUCACCCUUUAGAGUUUUGAACAAGGUGUCUGUUUGGGUUGUGAGAGUUGAAAAAGAAGCCAUAGAGUACAGUCUACUAGUACCACCAUUUUUCCCCCAAGUUUUGCCACGUUUCUAAGUUUAAAAGCUACCUUAAUUCUGUAUGCUAAAGGAAAUGAAUCAGGAUUAUAAAACAAGGUCUCUUGGCUUAAAAAGGGUAGGGAAAUGCACAAUGUGUCCUAGGGAGGUGAUCUCACAUUUUAAUUCCCUUUUACCACUUGUUGUAACAGCAAAGUCAGCGAAGGUUUAUGGUCUCUGAAAAAUAUUUUUGCGAGCCUCAACACGAGUUUCCAACCGCUGUUAUUGUUGACUGCAAAUAGUAUUAUCUUAAUAAUCAUUUUACAUUUUUUUUUUUCCAAGGCAUUCUAUGGUGUUUUCAAUACCCACUAGUACAAGGCAAUUUUUAAGUUGAGAGGGUUUACUUUGAUGUCAUUAACAGUACACUACAUUUUUACACAGACACAAACUAACCUGGCAGGUUGAUGUCCAAAGAUGUAAAACAUUACAUGCAACUAUAUGGCAAAAACUGAUCACAGUGGCCAAAGGAAAGGCAAAAAUAGAAAUAACAUCAUUUUUUUAAUUUUCUAAAUUCCCUUUGAAGCAUAUUUAGCCAGAUGUAGUCCUUGUCAACUGUUGUCAAAACAUGCAAACUUGAACAUUUUAUUUUCCGACCUUAGCUAAUCUUUUUUAAACCAUACUCUUGUUACAGUGGGUAGUGUAGGUUUUGGAAUAAAAUAUUUUUAAUUUCUCCCUCUUUGUUUGAAAUAAAACAAAACACAAUUGAAUGAGGACUCAAACUGAAGGCAGUGUAAUAACGCUGUCAUGAAAGAGAAUUCCAAAAUAAUUACCCUUUCAUUUGCCUAUAUAAAUUUCUUUGAAACCACGAUAAAGUUUAAAUUAAAUCACACGAAGAUAAGAACUUAAGCAUAUCUAGAGAGAAAGAUCUCUUGGCAAAAUUUAUUUCGCUUCUAGUACAUAACAAAAUACAUGAACUACGAGAUUUGACCAUAUGCCACUCAAUCAUCCAACGCAACUCUGCCAGGAUAAGUUCACCAUCAAGGAUGAAGAAUUAAGAAUCUCAAUCAUCUUUCUUUUCGUCUUAAAGGUGUAAUAAAACCGUAAACGACUCUGACAACUCUUCUACUUGACCACGGCCACCGCGGUUUUUUAAUAUCACGAAGGAUUAAUUUUCGGCCUUUCACUUGAAAAUAUAAACUCUUCUACAUACGUAUUGAAGGGUUGGCCCUUCUUCUAGCCUUGUGGGUCUUCUAAACAGAAACACAGCUUAAAAGCCUGUAGUGAAAAAGGUCGGGCGUCGAGGAACAUGUACAAUGACUGUUCACUGGUCUCGUUCUUAGCGUAGUAAACCGCAUGUAAUGACAAACGCAAGACCAGAAGAAUGGAAAACGUAAGCUCUACAUUACUGCAGAAAAAGUCGGUUACAGCAAAGAAAGCAAUGACCAACAGGACCAAAAGCGAAUUCACUUCACACUGUCGAAUCGCUGCCAAGAUGAACUUCUUGAUGUUGUUGUUGUUCCCAGCCCGUUUCGCGCAUGCUCGCUACAGUUGUCGAAUGAUUGACAGAUUUCUUAACUGGGGCGAUCAUGGAAAGCCGAAAAGCGGCAAGAUCAGAGGCCGUUGCCAGCCCCCCCUGGGGACACCCAACGGUUGAAUGUUUUGUUUAAAAAAGCUAUAAUUCGAAGAAGCACAGUGUAAUUGUCUCGAAAUUUCUACAGCUCGAGAUGAAAAAUGUUCGAUUUAUCUCAAUUUUCGACGCUUCUAGUCCAUUAAUUUUUCUACGAUUUUCUGAAGUUGGUUUUUCACCUUUCUGUGACUUCCCAGGUUUGAUAAUCAUUCGUAAAAAAGUACUACUAAAAUUUUUGUCUUCAGAAAUAGUGACGGAAAGAGGUUUCGCAAAAUGUUGAGUUUUCAGUAAAAGAUUAAAUAGUAUCAAAGAUUUUUGAAAGAGUAAAAAGAAGGAGGAAUUAAAUUCGCAUAGACAAAAGGAGAUCUAGAAUUACAAACCAGUUAAAAAUUUUAUAGUGCUUCUUAGAAAGAAUUUGGAAAUCUUUGAAAACAAUAGAAUUUUGGAGAAAGCCGCGGCGUUGUGUUUAAGGAGCGAGAUGUUUCUCUCGCUCCUCACUCCUGAUAAAAUAUGCCCGCGACACAUAAAAGCUUGCAAUGUUUAAAUACAGGGAUUAGCUGUGGCGAGCUGAAAGCGACUUAAGUCGUUUUCAUAUUUUCAUAUGAGAAAUUUUAGUUCCGUUAACCAAGUGAAAUUGAUCGUAUAGUUUGCAUCAACUUUGAAAAACUACGGUAUGAUAUUUUCUUAGCAGUAGUUCUAAAAGUUCCUUGAGCAUUCGCUGUUCAAAAUCAAGAGUUCCCUUUUUAUGAUAACCUUCAUAGUUGACAAAACAGGAAAACACCAUUAAACGUCCGUUGUUUCAGCAGUGACGCAUGCAGAAUAAAAACUUAUUAAACCGUUUGUCCCAACAACCGAUACUGUCGAUCAGCGUCCUAAUGUAUCUCCAUUAGUGAUCUUUACGAAACUAACAUCAACCUUCUUUGUCCACGUUCUUAACUUAUAUUUUUUUUUUCAAAUUCUUCUGAAAGGUCGACAAGCAACAGAGAGAAAAGGGAAUUAAAAGUGUGAAGCGAAAAAAAUAACAAGCCAUGAUAUCAUCCUAGUGCAUCACCUGGCUCGCUGUAUUCAGCUUACCGCGUCUGCUGCUAUAGUAACAGUGAACCUUCUAUCAAUCAUUCUUUUUACAAAAAAACACAGUCUUCGUACUCGUGCCAUGUACCUAGUUAUAAACUUAACCAUAGUUGAUAUGUUUGUCGGAGGAAUUUUCUCACUUUUCUCUAUUUGUAACCUUACUCUACUUAAGCGACAUUGUGCAAUUUCCGCACUUAACCCUGGAACUGAUGACACUAACAACUGGCUUUUUCUUCGUCUGGUUUCCUCUGACCUCUCUUGCAAACAUUGCUCAUUAAAAAGUGAGUCUACGGGGUAACAAUUGCUGUUCUUGUCUGGGUUUUACCUGCAAUGUUUAUUAUACUAAUCCUUAAGAAUCGAAUGUUUAACCAAAGUCCUAUAUUUAGCACAUCUAGUGGACCUUUAGUCUUUUCAUGUGGUAGCUUGGGGCACCCAACGACUGGUUUCUGUGAAAUAGCGGUUCGAAGAAGCACAUAUUAUCUAGAGAUUUCUAUAGCUCGAAAAAAGUUAAAAAUUCAUGGAUGAAUGUAUCAUUCAUCUCAGUUUUUCGAAGUUUUCAGUCCAUUAACUUCUCUGAUUGAAGUUGGGAAUGGGAUUUUCACUUUUCACUUGUCUUCCCAUAUUUGGUCAUCAUUCUCAAAAAUGGACUACUUAUAAUAAAUUUUGGGCUUUAAAAUCAGUAACGGAAAGAUGUACAUCGGAAAACGUUGAGUUUCUGUAUAUUUAAUAGCAUCAAAGAUUUUCGAAAAAGUAACAAUUAAAGCGCUAAUAAAUUCGCAUCGGCUGAAGAAGCCCAAGGAUGACCAAACAGAUGCAAAUUUUUGUAGAGUGUCCUAAAACGCAUUUGCCGAGCUGCCAACAAUCUUAAAGAUAUCCUUAAAUGGUUUUUUGAGUAAAUUUUGGAGAGAGGCGGCGUCGGAUAUGGUGGGCGGGUUGUAGAGCGAUGUUUCUCUCCUCCUCACUAUAAGAUAUACUUACCUAAAAAUACUUGCAAUGGAAAAUGUUAAAAUACAAGGAUUGUCCGAGCUAAGCCGCGACUUAAGGCCCUCUUCAGUCAUAUUUUCAUGAGAAAUUUCAGCUCCUUUAACCAAGUGAAAUUGUUCACGAAGAGUGAAACAUUUAAUUUUUUUCGGGUCUCACUAUCGACCGUUUGAUUGUCUUACAAGGGUUAACUGCAAUGAUAGUCACAUUUUCAUUUUGGUGAUCAAUUACUCCCUAUAUACCAAACAGACCUUCAAUAUUUUUAAAGAGCGAAAUAAAAAUGUUAAAAAAAGUAUUAAUGUAAUAGAUUCAAAUACAAUUUUAGCCACAGUUAGAUUGUUAGUUAACUAGUUAGUUAGUAGUACCCUUUGCAUUUUACCACGAACAUUUUUUGCGCCUGAUGUAAUAACAUAAUGUUUUAAGCUGUAUAUAUCUAGCCGGAUUUUUGAAAACGUUAUCGUCAAAUAGACCUUUUCCGUCGAACAGUUUUUUUCGGCCAAAAACUAUAUCCAGUAGCUCAUUAUAAAAACUAAGAGUGCAACCAUUGCUUUUUUUUCUUCUCCUCCUUUCCUGAUCUCCUCCGUCGCUCUUUCUUUUUCUCCUUUCCUUUUCCUUCGUUACUGUGAUUUUGGAGCCGUUCUCGGGCUUAAGAAACCUGCCUUUUGACGCCUUUUCAGUCAAAUGACUGCAAAUUUCGUUAGGUUGGUUUUCCAAAAAUCGGUUAGAUAUACUAUAAUAUAUUUAAUCAGCAGAUGUAGAGCCAUUUUCUUUGGAAAUGCUGUAAAUAAACCGCCGCCAUUAUGAUAAUGAUAAUUACUAUUAUUUAUACUCAGGUGAACGAGCGCUGAGUAGACGUUAAUUAGUUUUUAAAAAAUUCAGCUGGAACGAAAUUUAAUGCCGUCAGUUUUUAGUCAACCAAUAUAUCCUAAUCUCCCCUCAAAGGUCACUGAUAUUUUUUCCACAGGUGAAAACAAGGGUUUUCACUUCAGCUUUUGCGAAGGCAAUUUGAAAAACUGUAAGUUAAUAAAGGUGAGCUUCCUAAUUCGUCGAAUUAUUCAUGUAUCUUCACUACUGAUCUUUGAAAAACAGACGUCGACCUUGUUUGUUCACCUCCUACUUUUCCUUUCUAGGUAAUCAAACUUUAUUCAAUUCAAAUUCUUUCUAAAGGUAGACGAACAACAGAAGAGAACGGGUAAAAGUGUGAAGCGAAAAGGAGCGAAAGAAAACAAGUCAUGCUAUUAUCUUCAUCCGAGUGCAUCACUUGGUUUGCUGUAACCCUUACCGUGUGUGUUGCUAUAGUAACAGUGAACCUUCUAUCAAUCAUUCUUUUUAUAAAAAACCGCAGUCUUCGCACUCGUGCCAUGUACCUAGUUAUAAGCCUCACCAUAGCUGAUAUGUUUGUUGGAGGAUUUUCUCAAGUUCAUCCAUUUCGACUCCUCUCACUUCUCUCAUGCGACAUUGUGAAAAUGAACUUAAGCCAGGAACUGAAUGUGAUAAUUAACGUUCUCUUCUCCUGGUUUCCUCUGACCUCUCUAACAAACAUUGCAGUCAUUUCAUUAGAUCGGAUGCAUGCAACAAUUCGUCCCUUCAGGCAUCGCCUCAUCAAAAAGUGGGUAUACGGGGUAACAAUUGCUGGUGUCUGGGUUUUAGCUGCAAUGGCAUCAACUGCCACUUUAAAACUUGGGCAAUAUGAGAAGGAAUGGUCGUAUCUUAUUUACUUAUGGCAAUCAUACAUUUGUUUGUGCCUUUUAGUUAUCUGUGUUUCUUACUCUUCCAUUGUUGUCAAAUUUUUGUGUGGAGCGCAUCCCCAGCGCCAUGGUGCAGAUAACAGACAAAGGAAACUGACCGUAACAUUAUUCAUAAUAACUAUCGUAUCCUUACUGAUGUGGCUACCAUAUGCGGUUUUUAAUUUUCUUCUAUUUCAAUCUUUGCCUAGUACCAUGGAAUUCCUUUCUUCCGAGAAAUUAGUACGUUUGGAGCUUUCUUUAUUCAUUCUAUCUUUGAUGAACUCGCUUGUUAAUCCCAUUGUUUACACAAUCAGAUUGCCAGAGUUUAGGAAAGCUCUCCUGCUGUUAUUUAAACGUCAACGAAGACAAAAUGCCCGAGAUAUUCCUCUUCAUGCGCUUUAA